AUGGGCUCCAAGACACCUGAAAACGAGGGCCAAAAUGGCGGCAAUGAUCCGUCCGGCUCAACCAAAGCAAACACCACUGGCGGAGAACCACGAGGAGCCCACCUGGCCCGAGAUGGGGAUGGAAGUCUGGGUGAUGGAGACAGCGAUGACGACGACGGCGAUAAUCAGCCCGGGGCUGCUACCGAGUCGCUAAAUCUCCACAACAUCCCGACAGACGCUUCAAAGAAGAAGAAAAGAAAGAAGAACAAGAAGAAGACGACAGUCAAACAGUCGUCCCCUCCUCGAAUCCCCCUCACCAAGAUCUACCGCAAUGAUCAUUAUCUCAGUGGAGAGCUACAGAGCUAUGAAUCUGUUGUUGAGAAUACGGCUCGCACAACGGCCGAGGAAAGACGCUACGAAUCCCGCCUCCUCACCCAGGACCAAACUUGGCUCACCAACUACCGCAAGGCAGCUGAAGUCCACCGCCAGGUCCGACGGUGGACGCAAGACAACGUUCGGCCGGGUCACACUCUCUCGCAGGUUGCUGACGAUAUCGACGAAGGCGUGAGGGCGCUACUUGAUAAUCCUGGUCUUGAAACUGGAAGUUGCCUUGUGUCCGGGCUGGGUUUCCCAACGGGACUUGCGCUGAACAACUGUGUUGCGCAUUAUACGCCCAAUCCCGGUCAAAAGGAAAUUGUCCUUCAAUCGACUGAUGUCCUGAAGGUGGACUUUGGUGUCCAUAUCAACGGCUGGAUUGUUGACAGUGCGUUCACUAUGUCAUUUGAUCCAACGUAUGACAACUUGCUUGCUGCGGUUAAAGAUGCAACAAAUACUGGUAUCAAGAAUGCCGGUGUCGAUGUCCGAAUCAGCGAUGUCAGCGCUGCUAUCCAAGAGACCAUGGAAAGCUACGAAGUUGAGAUCAGAGGCAAAACCUAUCCCGUGAAACCGGUGCGUGAUCUCAGCGGUCACAACAUCGGACAUUACCAGAUCCACGGCGGAAAGUCGAUCCCCUUUGUGAAAACGAAAGAUCAGACUAAAAUGGAAGAGCGAGAGAUUUUCGCAAUCGAAACAUUCGGGUCUACGGGUCUUGGAAAAACCCGAGACGGACCUGGUGUCUACGGUUAUGGCAAAAAUCUGCAUGCCCCCAAGAAAGUGAUCACUCCUCUUGCCUCGGCCCGAUCUCUGUACAAAACGAUCAACGACAACUUUGGUACAAUUGUGUUUUGUCGCCGAUACCUUGAACGCCUUGGUGUCGAUCGUUAUCUGGCAGGCAUGAACAGCCUUAUCUCCCAAGGAGUGGUGGAUCUUUAUCCACCCCUCAUGGACAUUGAGGGGUCAUACUCCGCCCAGUUCGAGCAUACCAUCUUACUGGGUGAGUCCAGCAAGGAAGUCAUCAGUCGCGGAGAUGACUACUGA